ACAAAAAACAAAAACCCAAAAACAAAAAGAAAACGAAAACGAAAAAUGGAUGCCAAAAUGGAUGCGCGUGGGCAAUUUCCGGCCUCGUUUCCGGAUACGUUUAAGAAUUUCUUUGAAAUGAUGAACGAAGACGAGGAUCACUGCGAACUCUUUGCCAAUCUGCUGGAGGAUAAGGUAAUACCAAGGAACAGCAAACCGAUGAAUUCCCAGCGCCAACGCUGCGGCGGCAGCCUUCGGAGCCACCACGGUGGCCACUUGCCACGUGCUUUGAAUUCUCAUUUUCAGCUAUUGCAGCAGGCGCCAGCGCAGCGUCGUCAACAGAUUCUUCUACAAGGGGCACCUCCUCGCAGUCGCAGUGGCAGCAGCGGCGACAUGACAUUAACGAUGACCAUGACCAUGGCAGAUGGUCUGGCAUUGUCAAGUGUCAGCCCUGUUAAUAGCCAUAGGAUCAUUGAGUGCAGCGGUGGUCGUUCCUCUUGUAGAUUAAAUCGUUCACGGCGCAGCUCCCUGAGCUCAAGCACAACGGGCAUUAAUCAUGUCGGUUUCUGUGGACUCCACAACAACUCAACCAGCUGCUCGAGCAGCAGCAACAGCUUAAUUAACAUGGAUUUGGACGACGAGCCAGCGCAUCGCGUCCGCAGCCAUCAUCAUCAUCGGCAUCGUCAUCAGCACAGAUGCCGCAGCUGCAGCGGUUCGCUGCAGAAUUGCAACCAUGGCCACUGCACGCAUUCGCGCAGAUCGUCGACACAUUUGGGCACGGAUUCCCAGCAGGAAUCCGCCAGCAAUCUGGGCGACCCGACUAACGCCAGUCUUAGUCAGCAACAGCUGCAACAGCAGCAAAUGCAGCAGCAGCUGCAACAGCAGCAACAGCAGCAGCAACAGCAACAGCAAUUGCAGCAACAGCAGCUGCAACAGCAGCAACAGCAGCUGCAACAGCAACAAUUGCAACAGCAGCAACAGCAGCAACAGCAACAGCAACAGCAGCAACAGCAACAGGAACUGGACAUCCAGCAGCAGCUGCAACACUUGCGUAUCGGCCCCGACGGUGAGGACAACACCGUCGGCCUUUUGCCAAGCAACUUUAUCAUACCUAGACGUUCGUCCGACGGCGCCAGGCAGCUGCCGCGCCACUCGGUCAUCCGGGCCUUUGAUAUUGCAGACAUCAGCUGUGACGAGAGCGACAUAGCCAGCUGCAGCACGCCAGGGCCUGUGCCCUCGCCUGCACCGCAUCAGUCGGCCUACAAUGUGCUCAAGCCCAUACUGAAGCAACCGCAGCAACCGCAGCAGCAGCAGCAUCUACAUCAGCAGCAGCAGCAUCUACAGCAGAUGCAUCCAAUGCAGCAGCAGCAACAACAACAGUAUCCGCAGCAUUCGCGGCAUUCGCAGCAUUUGCAGUAUUCGCAACAUUCGCAGCUACCGCAGCCUCCGCAGCUGCCGCAGCUGCCACAGCAGCAGCAUUCGCUGCAGCAGCAGUUAAUGCCGCAGCAUCCGAGUGCAUCGGGACAUGGACACGUACAUCGGAUUUUGCCAACGACGCCGACACACGGCGGAUUGGGCGCCUAUCAUUCACGGGACGCGUCGAUGCAGCGCAUCCAGCAGCAGAGCGGCAUUGCGAGUCGCGCCAAUUUGUACGGGGAGAAUGCGAGCUGCUCGCGCAGCAACAGCCCCGUGCCCGCCUACAACUAUAAUGUGCAGCAGCGGCAGGAGCAGCAGCAGGAGCAGCAGCAGGAGCAGCAGCAGGUGCAGCAGCAUUUGACAGUUGGUGGCGGCUAUAGUGCGCCAUAUGAUUGGGAUCGGGAACGGGAACGGGUGCUGGAACGGGCGCUGGAACCGGAGCUGGGGCAGGAGCAGGAGCAGGAGCAGGAAUGGACCGACGAGCCGAGCACAUCGACCCAACCAACACUCAACAGCUAUAGCGAUUAUCUGAAUGCCAGUUUCGCGCCAGUUUCUAGUCGUCCGAGCUCGUGGGCACCACCGAGGUCACCCAUAUUGAAUAGACGUCGCGGCUCAUCGAUCGCCUCCAACAGCAUGAUGCAUGCCGCCGAUCCUGGCUACGGUCAAUACGACGACCAAUACGACGACGAUCAACAACAACAGCAGCAGCAGCAGCAACAGCAGCAGCAGCAGCAGCAGCAGCGCGGCGGCCGCAGCGGUGCCAGGGAGCGCGUCUGCCUAACCAAAUCGCCGCUUGGACGUGCCGGCAUCGAAAGCUGCACCUUGCGCACCUUCCAGCAGGCAGCAGCAGCAGCAGCAGGAGUAGCAGGAGGGGGAGCUGCGCCCAAUGGGCAGUUGCCAGUCAAUGAACUGGACAAAUGCCUGUUGGGCUCCAGCGGCGCGCUGGCGGCUGUCGCCGAGGACACAACAACUAGUGGCCCCGAUGCCACCGACUCGCCGACAGCCGAUUCCAGCGACUACCCGCGCUCAUCUGUGCCAAAAACAAAGUUUUCGCAGCAACAACAACAUCAGCAACAACAUCAGCAACAACAACAACAACAUCACAGCAGUCAUCACCGAGAACGGGGCGUCGGAGAAUCUGCAGCCGGACUUACGGCUGGAGCCGGCGCCACAGGACAUCAUCAACAUGGUAGUUCCGUCAACAUUGCGGCCGCCCAGUACGGCAACCGCAUGGCGGAACGCCAGCGUCUAAGAACCUCCAGCAUGCCAGCGGAGGGUCGCAAGCCACGAUUAGCUGAGAUGCGUCGAUCGGUCAUCCACUGUGGCGAAGAUGAAGAUGUGGACUAUUAUCGGCUUCGCAGCUUUAGCAUCACUUCGCAUGGCGUUUGCAACCUGGGCGAUUCUUUACGCAGUCGCAGGUCACGUUCGAUCAAUUCCGUGACAUCGACGGGAACCGGCGCCACCCACAGCAACGUGGAUCGUCACAACAGCAAUGCUUCGGGCAACCCUUCGCACGCUCCGCACCAACAUGCCUACAACCAACAGCAACAACAGCAACAACAGCAACAACAACAACCACAACAACAGCAACAACAACAACAACAACAACAACAACAGCCGCAGAAGCCUAAGGAGGAGAUUCCGGUCUUUAAAAUCGCCAUGCUAGGCGGGCCCGGUGUGGGCAAGACAACGCUGACAUAUCAGUUCACAACAUCGGACUACAUAUGCGCCUACGAUUUGAGUCUGGAUGAUGACUACGGCCGGAAAACGGUCUCCGUGCUGGUCGACAACAUUGAGACGGACCUCGAAAUGAUUGAUCAUCCGGCCUGUGAAAUGUCGACUGAGGCUUUCUGCGCCACAUACAACAUUGAUCUGUUUGUGGUUGUCUAUUCGGUUGUGGAUCGGGGCUCUUUCAAGGCAGCCGAAAAGGUGCUGGCCUACCUGAAGGAGAACGACAUGCUGUUGGCCCGUGGCGCCAUUCUCGUCGGCAACAAGACGGAUCUGGAGCGUCAUCGCGAGGUGUCGCGCCAAGUCGGCCGCAAGCUGGCCAAGGAAAUUCCAUGCAAAUUCAUCGAGACAUCGUCGGGCAUCGAUCACAAUGUCGACGAGCUGCUCGUGGGCGUUGUCGCCCAGGUGAAGCUCAAUCCGCAGCGAAUCCGUCUGCUCAGCGACGUGGAACUGCAGCGUCUAAAUCUGCAGAGCACAAUACAGAAUCAUCGGCACAUGCAUUUGCCGGCCCGGCGCAUGGUGCGACAGGGCCAGGGCGAGGAUGAGGACCUUGGCAGCGAUGAGGAGCUUGGCAUGGAGCCGAGCACCUCUGCCGCGGCGGCGGCGGCGGCGGCGGCACGCAGCCAACAGGUGCGACGGGCAAACCGACGCGCCCUCAAACUGGAGAACAUCCUGCGGAUGGGCGAGAGCGAGCUGGAUGAGGAUGAGGACAUGGGCAGCGACUCGCGGCAUGGCUACACCAGCGCACUCGGCAAAUUCGAGCAGCUCGCCGCGAACAUCCGCAAGCGUCGGGCUCGGUCCAACUUCAACGAAAACGGGCCAUCCACCUCGGCAGCGGCCGCGGCAGCCGCAUCCUCCGCAUCCGCCAGGCGCCACUCGAGCGGAGCUCUCGACUUUGACAUUGGCCUGCACGACUACGACGACGACGACGACGGCGACGACGACGACGACGACGACGAUGAUGAUGAUGAUGAUGAUGAUGAUGAUGAUGACUCCAAUGCGGCGCCGACCGAUUGCAACCGGAAGGUGGUGACCAAGCUGACGGCUAGGACUAGGAUCUUUCUGGCCACUGUGUUGCGCUUCAAGAGGAACCUGAAGAGACGCAACUCCUCCAGCUGCAGCGAUUUGUUUGUCAUCUAAGCGAGAGUGAGGCUAACCUGAGACGACAUACAUUCAUGCAUAUAUGUACAUCACCAUCAUUGCAACGCAGCCCAUCAAUCAAUCAAUCACAACAUAGGACGCAAACCGACUGGCAGAGUGCGGCAAGAGGAGAUUGGCUGGCUUAGCGGGCAUAACGGGAUCUUGAGAUAAUCCUCAGAGAUACAUACAAGAAGAAGAAGAAUGUGAUCGAAGAAUAUGUGACCAGAGCAUGGCAAGAAAUGGAGACAUCUUUCAGAGACACACCGACAUACAUACAUGUAUGUAUGUAACCCUAAGCCGCCACAAAGAACUGCAAAAGAUUGACAGGGGAGUAUAUACUAUAUAGAUAUAGAUAUAUAUAUGUAUAUAUAUGUAUAUGCCCCGACGCGUGAUGGUUGCGAUCGUAUAAUGUUUUUUGAGGUAGCAGCAAAAAUUGAAAUUUUAAUUAGGUCUUAUCUGAGGAAGGAAUAUUGCUCUCGCAUGUGCUCGCCUAUAUAUACUAUAUAGUUCUGGUAUAGAUAUAUAUAUAUGUAUAAUGGGCACAACGAACGAGAGCAGGAAGUGUUUUUUAUCGCAAAAUAUUUGCCAGAGAAUUGUCAAGGUGCGUUUUAGAGCUGCGCCAUAAAAUUAAACAACAACAACAAAAAAAAACUAAAAUGGAACUAGAGUAGAUUAUCCAUCGCAGCACUUCGGAGCUGCGUGUGAGUGAGAGAGAGACAGACAGGGUUGGAGCAUGACAGCGAGAGGGGGGAGAAGUGAAAGGGGGAAUUUUAGCUAUUGAGCAAAUGAGCGAAGCUCCGGCACAAAGCGCACACGAAACAUGAAGAAGCAGAGGAGGAAGAGGAGGAGGAGGAGGAGGAGGAGGAGAGGCGGAGAGGCGGAGAGAAGCAAUUGCAAGAAAAGAAUGGAAAACAUGGCCAAUAGGUGAACCGGUCAAGUGAACCGGUCAAGUGAACCGGUUGAAUGCACAACGAAGCAAGCGAAACGCUUAGCAUGCGUGAGAAGAAGACAACCGCAAAAUGGAGAUUAGACUAAUACAGUUGCAACAGCUGGCACACACACACACACAAAAACACACAUGCUUAACACGCGUGAAAAGAGGCCCAACGAGAGUAUUGAGGAGACAACGGAAAGUUGGAGAGUAGACUAAUACAGUUGCAGCAGCUGGCACAGAGGCACACGCACGCACACACACACACACACAAACACACA